AUGGCUUCGACCGGGAGUCCCCCCUCGCUGCCAAAGCCGCCGUCGCGCGCAGUGCAGAUGGAGCUCCAGAACCGCAUCUCGCUAGCUACGUCGCGCAUGUCGUUUCUGCAAAAAUACCGAAGCAAGCGGCCAGCAGCAGCACCUUGUACAGCCGGACCGACAAACGGGACUGCGACGACGGCGACGACGACAAAACCAGCUUCCUUCUCAUCACUGGCCGGCAAGGGCAGACCAACAGCCGCCACAGCCGUAAACAACGACGACGACGAAGACGAACCGCCCCUGCGAGCGGUCGCAGACCCUAACACCGGCCUCGGCCACGUGCCCAAGGCGGCGACGGCGGCGGCGACGGCUGCGUCCCAAAAGGACGACAAGCUGCGGGCGCGGCUGGUCGGCAGGCAGCAGAAGGGCGGGGGCGGCAGCGACAAGGCCGCCGCGAAGCGGCAGCGGAACGACGACAACAGCAGCGAAGACGACGAGCCGGGCAGGAGCGGUUUGGGGCGAUCCAAGAAGCAGAAGCGACAGCCGAUACAACAGGGGCGGUCUGAUGAUCUACAAGAUGACGCUGGCGGUGACGGCGGUGGUGCUUGCUCGCCGCGUGAGGAGAUGCAGGGUCCCAGGCCUGCGGGUGCCGAGGCAGACUGCCUGCGCGCGAGUGUACCUAACAGGCAUUAG